AUGCCUCCACGACUGAACCUGUGGAGCGCCUGCCGCACCCUGGCCGUGCGGUCACGGCCGGCCGCCGCGCAAUGGCAGCAGCGCCAGCAACAGCAGCCGCGCAUCAUCGCCGCCCUGGCCAGGGGCUUCGCCGACGACGCCGCCUCCAGGUCCACCGCCUCGCCGUCACCCAACAACAGCAACAACUCCAACGCCCUGACGUCGUCGGCGCCCGACAGCGCGGACGGCAGCACGAUGCCCCUCUCGAUGCUCAGCGCGGGCAGGCUGGCGGAGGCGCGGCCGGCGGAGGCGCAGGCGCCCGGGAACGGCGAGGCGCUGCGCCAGCUGGAGCUCAUGGCGCAGGGCCUGGACCCCUUCGACCCGGCCGUGGAGGGGCACAGGUUCGGCCUGCCGGAGAGGAGGCUGCCGCCGUCCAUGCACCUCAAGGACCGCUACGACCCGGUGCUGACGCAGAUCACGAAGCUGCUGAUGCGGGACGGCAAGCUGAGCAAGGCCCAGAGGGACAUGUCCAUGAUCCUCAACUACCUCCGGACGUCGCCCGUGCCCAAGAUCAACCCGGCGCGGCCGCUCCUCCCCGGCGCGCCGCCGCCGUCGCACCUGCCCCUCAACCCGGUCCUCUACCUGACGCUGGCCAUCGACUCGGUGGCGCCGCUGGUCAAGGUGCGCUCCUUCGCGGGGCUCGCGGGCGGCGGCACGGCGCUGCCCGUGCCGACGCCGCUCAAGCUGCGGCAGCGGCGGCGGCAGGCCUUCAUGUGGAUCCUCGACGUGGUCAACAAGAAGCCGUCCAAGGGCAGCGGGCGGACCAUGUUUGCGCACCGCGUCGCCGAGGAGCUGGUCGCCGUCAUCGAGGGCCGGUCGUCGGUGUGGGACAAGAGGCAGAUCGUGCACAAGCUCGGCACCAGCGCCAGAGCGAACCUGAACCACUUGGCUCUGCGGAGGAAGUGA